UGGUCAACCGCAAGGACUGCUCGUUGCGGAAAAUUUUGGAUAAAUGUUUGUACGUAACAUUAUGGAAAUUAUGUAAUAGCAGGGUCACUUUCCGACAGCUUUCGGAUCGGUUUGGUAUUGCGCAAGGAGCUGCACAUUACCUGUUCAAAAAAACAAUUAAAGUCCUCUGUGAAUUGAAGAGCGAAAUAAAAUGGACAUCUGAUGAACAGCAGCAAACAAUCAUGACGAAGUUCGAAAACAGCAGAGAGAAUCCGUUUCCCUUCGUAAUUGGUUGUUUAGAUGGAACGCACUUCAAUAUACCCACGCCUAGUGAAGAUGCUAUUAGCUACUAUGAUCGCAAAGGGAAACAUUCUGUCCAAAUGCAGGCCAUAUGUGAAAGUCAAUUUCGUUUUUUGGAUGUCUUUAUUGGUUAUCCAGGCAGCAGCCACGAUGCUAAUGUCUGGAGAAGUAGCCCAGUAUUUAAUGGCAUAACGUCCGGGCAGUUACAGCUAGCACCAGGUGCAAUAAUAUUGGGUGAUUCCGCGUAUCCUAUAUCGAAAUCCGUAAUGGUUCCUUACAGAGACAACGGACACCUCACCAGGGAAGAAAAAAAAUUCAACACACGUCUAAGUUCAACACGCGUUUUUAUUGAGCAAGCAUUUGGAAUAUGAAAGAAAAAAUGAAAGACAAUCCCUUAGAACAUAUUGAUGAAAUGGCACCACAGCAGCAUGUCAACAUAGAAGCUGCAAGUGAGUUGGAGACACUUCAAGAUUCCCCUUUAUGGUCCGCUGAGACGGAUGAUGAAAAUGGAGUUGAUAGAAAAAAUUAUUUAAAAGCUCUUUUCUCCUCAUAAGUAAUGAUUUAAAAUCAUGAACCUAAUUUAAUUUAAUCGUAAAUAGAAUACUUUUUUAA